AGGAUCCGAACCGGUCUGCCUGACCCGCUUACAGCUCUCCCCCAUGCUCCGUUCCCAUAUUUUCCUCAAGUCCUCUUUGCUCCGAAGAGUGCUUUGAAGAGUGAGGGCUGCCUAGGGUAUUUUCUAGGGUUUUCUUUUGAGAGCGAUGGCCCUGACCAACUUCAUCCUGACGGUGGUCGGCGUCAGCGCCGCCGUCCUCCUCCUCCGCAGCGACGUCAAGCAGUCCGCCACCAUCUUCCGCCGCAACGUCCGCCAAAUCCGCCAGUGGCUCGAGGAGGAAUCCACCUCUGCCGCCAAGUCUGCGGAGCGAACAGCUCCCAAAGAAUUGGAUUCGCAAGCUCCGAAGAAAGACAUUCCCAAGGAAGAGAAGCAUUAGAAUAUCAUGUAAUCUUCAUAGGUUUAUAGACAAGGAUCAAACAAAUAGCAUGCACAAAUUGUUUGUGAAUUGUGAUAAGAAUAGUUGUAGGUUUUUGAUCAAAAGAUUGAUAUACAAAAACUAGAAUCACUUGUUUUCUGAGGGUUUUGGCAAUCAUGCUUUGUUCACUUGAACAUGUGAAAUUUUCAUGAGGUGCAGGUUUGUUAAUGUUAUGUGGACUGUGCAUAGAGCUGUUGAUGCCCAACUUAUAUAAUGUUUGGAUGGAUACGAUGUUGAAAACCAAUUUGAGAAUGUUGAAAACUGAAAUACAUAGUUCUCAGUUACAAAA